ACCUAGAGCAGGAAAAAUGCAGCCUGACGUGACCGCCAAAGAAGAGAAGCGUGUUGAGGAAGUGGACCAUGUGGAGGGAGAUAUCGCCCAGCAGAGCCGACGUAUCUUAAAGGAGCACCAUUUCCCUCCGUCUUGGCGCGUAGCAUGGCUGGGAAUCUUCUGCCAGGGCUUCAGCGUGAGUGUGGACAUCGUACUGCGCAAAAAACUGGCGGAGGACCCGCGUUAUGGUCGAGACGUCGCCAUAGCCGUCGACGACGUCAAGGAAGUUGGUCACAUCAUGGGAUAUGUGGUCGGCAGUGUGCUCAUGCAGGCGACCGGUCGAGUCACGGCAGCUCUACCUCUACGGCGUCGGUGUAGUCUUCGGGCGCAGACGUGCGGAACACUGGCGACGGUGCUGUGCACAACGCUGCCGCACGUGCCGACGGCAUUCCUGAUCUGCGUAUUCCAGGCCGUGGCGGGUGUGUUCGGAGCCGUGGGUAGCCUGACCGGAUACGUCUACCUGUCCGAGGUGGCUCCCGACGAAGACCGUGGCAUCGUGGCCGGCAUCGAGCACUGCUGCUACCUGCUCGGCCGAUUGGUCGCCAACAUGUUUCCGAGCGCGUUGCCUUGGCAGUGGCUCGCCGUCCUCUCCCUGGCACCAAGCACGCUCUUCGUUUUCCUCAUGAGGUGGACCAUUGAGUCGCCGCGGUGGUUCUUGCAGGUCGACCGCUUGACAGAGGCACAGCACGCCUACGAUCUGCUGGGCAUCGCUGUGACUGGUGACGAGUGCGCCAUCUCGGCAAUCCGCGUACAGCGCAGCCGAACACCAUGCAAGGCCAUGGUUUGCGCUAUAUUUGUGUUCUGGUUGCGCACACUUGGAGGACCAGCGGGAGUGCGGAAAUUCCGAGAGCUCCACCUUGUGGGCAGCAACGACAUCUUCUUCGGCCAAAAGGACCUCAUAACGGCCAUCUUCCAGAUUUCCAUCAUGCCGGGCAUCAUAUUCCUAAUGGACAGCCUCGGUCGGCGGUUCCUGCUCUACACCUCCUCGGUCACCCUGACAAUAAUAUUGUGGAUUAGUGCCUAUCUCGUCAACCGCACAAUAUACGCCGAGUCGCUUACUGAGAACGCCACCUUCGAGCGGGCCGUGAUGUGCGCUGCCCUUUGUUCCGUGAUCGCCAAUUCUGUAGGAGUGGGGCCCGUGUCCUUUCUAUUGUGCACCGAGCUACUCCCACCCCGGCGCCACGGUCUUCUGGCUGGCUUUUCGUACAGUGGGGUCCGGACCUUGUUCUUCCUGUUUCGCUGGUCCAUGCGCUCGGAUACCUAUCAGCAACAGCUGUGGGCGCGCGCCUAUCCUCGCCCCUUGCAACCAAAGCAGGGGGCGUUGGUGGAGUAG